AUGGCAGACGAGCCUGGCUCCCUUAAUUGGCGCCUCAGUUCACAUCCCAUCACUCUCCUGACAUAUCUAGGCUUCCGAAUAGGAAGCCUAUUAAUGUACCUCUUCGGCGUGCUCUUUAUACGCAACUUCGUCCUCGUCUUCAUUCUCACCCUUCUCCUCUUGUCCGUCGAUUUCUAUUACUUGAAGAACAUCGCCGGUCGUCGUCUUGUGGGUCUGCGAUGGUGGAACGAAGUCAACCCUUCUACUGGUGACAGUCACUGGGUCUUCGAGUCUGCACCGGAGGGCAGCCGAAUCGAGAACAAGACGGAUAAAAGAUUCUUCUGGCUGAGCAUGUACAUUGUGCCUGCUCUGUGGGUGGGAUUGGCUAUUCUUGCGAUCGUGAGGUUGCAGAAUCUGAUUUGGCUGGUCACAGUUGUGAUCGCAUUGAUUCUCACCGUUACGAAUACGGUGGCCUUCUCCCGCUGCGACAAAUUCAGCCAGGCUUCGAGCUUCGCGGGCUCUGCGUUCGGCGGAAGACUGGCUAGUGGUUUUGCGAACAAUGUCUUCGGACGCUUUUUCAAGUGA